AUGGACCCUGUACGGUGCACAAAGUUUUUUGAGUCUACUAUUUUUGAUGCGAUCUUGGAAUCUCACGAAACAACCCAGCAUGUUGUGCCAUCUGCUGUGCAUGCUGCCACUGCGCAGUACGAAGACAGUCGGAAGAGCUUAGAAUUACGUUACGGUGUUGAAAUUCCCCUCGAUGCUAUGCAAGCCGCUUGUGAAAUCCUUGAGCGCAUCUCGCCAAAAGUUGGAGUGGUUCAGCUGUUGGAAGAAGCUGCCACUAAGUUGAGGAAAGACUUUGACUGCGAUUCAGAACAGAAAGACCUUGAUUUCUACGAGUUUCUGUUUAAUCGUGCCUUUGUUGAGUCAAGGGAGAUGAUGAAGGAGAAGGAUCCUUCACUGUCUGACAUGCUUCCUUGCGUGAAAAAAGAACUAGAGGAGGUGAAAGGUGCCCUGGAAGCUUUUACAAACCGCAGGCCUGCCCCUCUACGUGGUCAAGGUCAACAUCACAACACAGUGGUUAGACAUAAAUAUUUAGUACAUCUAGCACAUCUGCUCCGUAUUCUUUAUGGUGCCCAAGAACAGGGUAACUGGGACGGUUUCACCAAGGCCAUUCGAGAUCUCCAUGGUGAUUUUUCUGCACUUUCGGAAACUAUAGAUAUAAGGUUUGCACAGCAUCUCACCGUCACUCCUCGCAUCGUUGCAGAGGUUGCUAGCUCAAUCACGGGUGUUCCAAGAAAUUUCUUUCCUGCUCCGUUCCAGUUGCCCGUUGAACUCCUUGUGCAAAGAUUGUCAAGGAAACUUGUGGGUCUGGAUAAUCAACUUAGGGCCAUAAUAAAUGCAAUGUCAAUCCAUAAGCUUGGAUCACGCCCUUUGUACUCUUUCCUCUUGUUAAGUCCUUCAGGUCAUGGAAAGACAGCACUUGCUGAGGCGCUUGCAAAAGAGAUGUUUGAUAAUAGGAUUGUCGAAUAUAAGGUGGCUGGUUUAACAGAAAAUGAUUUUAUAGUACGGCUUUUCUCAUGUCCGUUCUUGGUUGUUGACGAGUCAGAGGGGGCUAGCGACUCAACAGUCCGUCUUAUUUCGAGCUGUGUGUUAGUGUUUGAUAACGUUGACAAAGCAAACACUGCACUCUACGACAUUUUCCUACAGAUUCUAGAGAGUGGGUCAUAUGUCGAUGCCUGUGGAAGGCAGAUUGUAUUUUCUAACACACUGAUUCUCUUCACAUCACGUGUGGAGUUCCCCAGGUGCGGCUGUGCAAGAGAAGUUUGGGAAACUUCCUUUGAGCCCCCUUUCAAGGGGUUGUUAAAGAGUGUAGGGGGAGUACAACAGCCGUGGUGGUGCGAUUGCAAUUUUCAUGAACGUCUGGCUGAUGCGGAGAAGCAGUUCAAGCCUCGGUUUUUUUAUUAUCUGGAUGACGUAAUUUUGACCCCUCGGCUAUCUGUUGCUCACUUUAUGUCAAUUUUCAGAAUACAAGUCCGCAAUGCAUCCUACUCCUUAUUCGAAGAAAAAGUGGUUGUCUAUCCGUCUGCCGCCGCGUUUUGUUAUGUUUGGAGGAGUAAGUCUCUCAAGAUGGAAGAG